AUAGUUCACAUGAAUCUUAUUUUAUCUCAUGAUAAAAUACUCCCAAUUUCUGCCCAGUCAGUUCACAUUGUUCUUGGUUUACCAAUUGGCGGUGGAGAGCUCACCUUUACCAAGACCAAGGAGAUUACAAAUGCAAAAAAAGAUCUGUUUGAUAUGCUUGGUGAGAAAUUGUCGAUCGAAAGGCUCAAGCUUGAAGUUUCCAAGGGCCUUGCGGAUGAGUUGUCAUUGAGGUGUUUCUUCAUGAUAGUGUUUAAUAGGCUUUUGUUCCCGACAUCAUCAUAUGAUGUUUCGAACAACGAUAUCAGACUUACUAUGGAUAUGAGCAAGAUUGGUGAAGUUGAUUGGUGCAAGCUUGUUGUUGAGGACAUUAGAGCAGCAGCUUCUCAAUGGCAACGUCGUGAUUGUAAGGUCAUUAACCCGACCAUAUCCGGUUGUUCCCCAUAUCUAUUGAUAUAUUAUUUGGAUAAUCUCAAUCACGAGCUGAACAAAGGCGAUAGGAUUUCAAUCCCUCGUGCAGCAUUAUUUGACAAACACAAGGUUGAGCACCUUACAAUGCAUGAUAGAUUCACCGACAGACAUGGAAAAUUGGUCUAUGGUGGUACUCAGUUCAUGAGUCAGGUGGGAUCGUGCUACCAAUCGCAUCAUCCAGCUAUCUUCGCUGGUCCUAGCCACUGCAGCACAUCAGAUAAGUCUACAGAAGUUCCGCUUCUGAAUGAUCUACUCUCUGGUGCCAGAACUUUUCUUACUGGCCGCAGUGCGAAAGAAUUUUCCACUAUGGUUUCAGAAGUUGACUCCUACAUCAGCGCCAAGUUGGCAAUUGUAUAUGAUGCUAAGCAGAAAAUACACGAGAAUAUGUGUGUUAUUGAUGAUGCUCAGCAGGCAAUAGUAUCCCGUCAGCGUCAAUUAGCAGAAGAAUUUCGUCGACUCUUAGAAGAUGGCCAAACUGUUACAGAACCAGCACAUACUGCUGAGGGGCAGCAACAUGCACAAACUGAAGGCAAUUUUGAAACUGUAAAUCCCAACCUGUCUAAAGAGGCUGACAUAGAUGGCCAAAUUGUUAAAGAACCACCACAUAAUGCUGAGGGGCAGCAAUCUCCACAAACUGAAGGCAAUUUUGAAACUGUAAAUCCCAACCUCUCUAAAGAGGCUGACAUAGGUAUCAUCAGGAGACCAUGUGGGAGAUGUUAA